UGGGGAUAUUUUGGAGAGAUGUGUGACUCUAGCCAUGGUUGACUCUUGGUAUCCCAACCAUAAACAAAACAUGAUAUCUGGUAAAGUUUUUCUAGUGACGUGUCUUCAUUUUCUUCUUCAGGUCACAGAAAAACCUUCAAGAACAAAAUCACCAAGUUACCGAGAGAGACCGAGCCCUAGGCAUGACGUUGUGAAGCCAUCAUGAGUUAUUUUUCAGGAUCGAAGCAUCUCUUUCUGUUCGUCUACCUCAUCACAUUUAUCACGGGGCUUCCUCUUAAUAUAAUAGCCCUGUCAACACUUGUUCACAAGCGCAGCCAUAAGCUUGUACCGGUGGACAUCUUGCUGGCCAAUUUGACCAUUUCCGAUCUGCUCCUUUUGACUUUCCUCCCGUUUCGCAUGGUUGAAGCGGCCUUUGAUAUGAAUUGGCCGAUGCCCUACAUUUUUUGUCCUCUGUCGUCCUUUAUGUACUUCAGUAGCAUCUACAUCACCUCACUGUUCCUCAUGGCCAUAAGCGUUGAGAGAUAUCUGGCUACGGCUUUUCCCAUAAGGUACAAGAUCCUGAAAAAGCCAGUCUACUCCUUGGUGGGGAGUAUGUUCAUAUGGUGCAUUGCCACGGUUCACUGCAGUAUUGUCUACAUUGUGGAGCAUAUCGCGCCCAAUAACUUGACGGCCAGCAACUCUACCGUCUGCUAUAGCAUGUUUACACCGCCACAGUUGGAAGUUCUGCUUCUUGUUCGGUUAGAAAUAUGUUUUGUGCUUUUUUGUAUCCCAUUUAUGAUAACCAUAUUCUGCUAUGGGAACUUCAUCAAAAUUCUCAUGUGGAAGUGUCACCUGGACAGGAAAAGAAAAAUAAGGGCCAUUGGGCUGGUGAUGGCCACGCUCAUAAACUUCAUUGUGUGUUUCAUGCCUUAUAACGUAUCCCAUAUCGUGGGCUUUAUCGAAGGGGAUAGUCCAGAUUGGAGAGUCUACACUUUACUCCUUAGCACGUUCAACGCAUCUUUGGAUCCCAUAAUAUUUCACUUCUCCUCCACCUCAAUUAAAAAGCCUUUUCUAGAGAGUUUAGUCCAUGUGCUGAAAAAGUUUCAUUUAGGAACCUACUGGUAUAAGUUAUGUAUCGCACCUUGUGAAAAAGAGACAAAAAACAUGAAUGUUCCCACCUAA